UGUCUAAGACCAUUCUCAGACUACUUCAAAAUGGUCAUGUAUUUUGUACUCAACUGUAAAUACUAUGAAGUAAAAGUGCGUAAGGACAAUUAAAGGCCCAUCGUCCAUCGAGGAAAAGACUCGUUAGGACCGACAUACCCGAUAAAAACACCGACUCAAAUGCGACAUAGUAAUAGGGCUGGCCCAAAAAGGGGCGGGAUGAUGGCACAUCCCUCGCACGCACACGCUUCCAGCCACGGUUAUUCCGAAUCGGAAGAAGAAGACCGUUUAGAAUACCGUGGACGUCACAGCGGCCGCUGGUGUUCCGUUGGCGCCGCGUACCGUGUCCUGCGAGUCCUUCGUCCUGCUGCGAGGCCUUCGAAUCCUGCCGGUGCUGCUGCUGCGACCUAUUUGUGCAUCAAGUUUUGGCGUGUAGCGGAUGGUGUGCUAAUAAAUAGUACGAAAUCAUUGUUACUGGAAGGAACAAAAAAAUGCCACAUACAGGACAAGCCGGAGUCAAUCAACUUGGAGGAGUUUUCGUCAACGGUCGACCCUUGCCAGACUGUGUCAGAAGAAGAAUUGUGGAAUUAGCUUUACUAGGAGUGAGGCCCUGUGAUAUAUCUAGACAACUUUUGGUAUCUCACGGAUGCGUUUCCAAAAUUUUAACUAGAUUUUACGAAACAGGUUCAAUUAGGCCUGGAUCGAUUGGAGGAUCAAAAACCAAGCAAGUAGCCACGCCGACCGUUGUAAAGAAAAUACUCCGCUUUAAACAAGAAAAUCCGGGCAUGUUUGCCUGGGAAAUUAGGGAACAACUCAUAUCCCAAAGGAUAUGCGAACCACACAACAUUCCCUCCGUCAGCUCAGUCAACCGGAUUUUGCGGAACAGCGGAGUUUGGCCUGAUCCCCCCGACAUGUUACAUCAUCGAGUCACGCAUUCAUCGGAUUCUAUUCUCAGAGGAGAAAUCUACUCCAAAGCUGUAUCACCAGUAAAUCCAACUCUUCCUUACUACCCAUCUAUGCCUGAUCCUUCCUUUAUUCCUACUAAUAGAUUUUCAUCAUUUCAACGUCAACUACACAUAUCGACAUCUUCUUCAUUGGAAAUUAUCCCUUCUGCCAAUUGGUCGAACCUUAUUGUACCCUGUCAACUCUCUAGUAACAAAGAUCCACUUUCCUAUGGUAGUUCUGAUAAUAAAAAAGAUCCAUCCGUGACGGAAAUAGAAAGAAACGAUGGAAAAAAGAAGAAUCCUUACUCCAUUGAAGAGCUACUAAAAAAACCCGUUACCAGGAAUAAACCAAUCAGUUUCGAAAGCCUUGGAGUUCAUCAACCUUAUGGAGGGCUAGUCAGUACAGAAGAUUUGAAAAGCACUAAUUAUAACAGUGAUAGUGAAAGUGAAACCGAACAAGAUAUUAAAAUUGAAGUAGUGUAGGAUGUACAUUAUAAUAAUUACGGAAUGGUGUAUAAAAUGUAGUAUAAUUUGAUUUAUAAAAUUUUGUUGGCGCCAUAUUUCUGAAAUACUGAU